AUGCUGCAAUUCUUCAGCCUCAGCGAGGCCCGGUGGUCGUUGAUACUGGUCUUACCAGUCGCAGCAUCUAGCUUUAUCCUCGCAUACUUUUUAGGAUACGCCGCCUACCAGCUCUACCUCAAUCCCCUCCGCAGAUUCCCCGGCCCCAAAUUAUGGUCAAUCUCUUCCAUCCCCUACGUCCGCGACUUCAUCGCCGGCACCUGCCACCUCAAAAUCUUGAAACUCCAUCAGAGAUACGGCCCCAUCGUGCGGGUAGGCCCCAACCACCUAUCCAUCAACCACCCAGACGGCAUGCAGGAGCUCCGCGGCCACCGCAAGAGCUACACCGGCGAGAACGGAAAGGACCCCGUCAACGCCCUGCCGAACCGCGAUAACAUCAUCGGCUCCGAGCGCGGUGAUCACAGCCGCUUCCGCAGGGCGCUGGCGCACGGGUUCUCUGCGCAGUCGAUGCUUGCGCAGCAGCCUAUUAUCAAGGGGUACGUCGACACCCUCUUUGAGAAGCUGCGGGCAGCAUCGCGGGGUGGCGAGGAGACGGUAAAUGUGGAGAAGUGGUUCAAUUUCACCACGUUUGACGUUAUUGGCGAUUUGGCGUUUGGGGAGCCCUUUGGGUGUCUUGAGGACAGCACGUAUCACCCCUGGGUGGACCUCAUCUUCAAGAGUAUCAAGAACAUGGCCAUGUUGACGAGUUUCCGGCGUCUGCCAUGGCUGAAGCCGCUUCUCAUGUUCACGCUUCCUAGGGAACUGAUGAACAAGUACGCUCAGAACCGGGAGCUGUCGAGGGAAAAGGUACGAAAGAGGUUGGAGCUUGGGAAGAGCCGGCCUGAUUUCAUCGAUGCGAUGAUCAGGAAGUCAGAGUCAGCAGGACAGACCAUGUCGUUCGAGGAGAUGACUUCCAACGCCAUGGUCCUCAUCAUCGCCGGCUCCGAAACGACGGCCACGCUGCUGACAGCGGCAACGUACUUUCUCGCCUGCAACCCGCGCGUAUUAGCCAAGCUAAACGAUGAAGUCCGGUCGGCGUUCAUGACGGAGGACGAGAUCAACAUGCUCAGCGUGCAGAACUUGCCGUAUCUCUUGGCUGUGUUGGACGAGAGCCUGCGAAUAUUCCCGCCAGUGCCGGGUCCCAGCCCGCGGGCCAUUGGCGAAGGCGGCGAUACGAUUCUGGGCGAGUUUAUUCCGCAAGAUACUGUCGUGGACGUCUGGCACUGGUCACUUUACCAUAACCCCGAUCACUUUGCUUUGCCGGAGGAGUUCAUCCCCGAGCGAUUCUUGGGCGACCCACGGUUUGCAAAUGAUGCAAGGCAGGCUCUGCAGCCAUUCUCCGUCGGUCCUCGCAACUGCAUUGGGAAGAAUCUUGCCUAUGCCGAGAUGAGGUUGAUUUUGGCGAGGCUGAUCUGGAACUUCGACUUACGACCAGCCGCCGAGACCCAGAAAUGGUACACCGAGACAAAAGUCUAUAUUCUGUGGGAGAAGGGCGGGUUGAAUGUCUACCUGACACCUCGGGUCUUGAAAGGAUGA